CUCGUGCUCUCCGAUGGGGGCACAGGUGCGCGUUUUUUACUCCUGUUUUGAGUAGAUAAAUGUAGUUUUAUUGUGAAUGCGAAACUCAUGGCGACAUGGGGGACGUUGACCCAUAUGUGGCGGAAAGGUACGAAGUUUCAAAACGUCUUGGAAAGGGGGCAUACGGCAUUGUGUGGAAAGCUUCUGAUAGAGUUAAUAAAAAGGUAGUGGCAGUUAAAAAAAUCUAUGAUGCCUUCAGAAAUCGUACAGAUGCUCAACGCACAUUUCGUGAGAUUUGGUACCUUCAAGAAUUUCACAAUCAUCCCAACAUCAUCACAUUACUGGAAGUGGUUAAAGCGAGAAAUGACAAAGACAUUUAUUUGAUAUUCCACUACAUGGAGACGGACCUACAUCAGCUGAUUAAGAAGGGUACAUUAAGGGAAGAAUGGAAGCAUGGAUUCAUUAUAUUCCAGCUAUUAUCUGCUCUAGCAUAUAUUCAUUCAGCCAAUGUCAUCCACAGAGACAUCAAGCCUUCAAAUGUAUUGAUGAAUCAUAGAUGUGAACUGAAACUUGCUGAUUUCGGUCUUGCUCGGUCAUUGGAACUAAUUGGAGAUAGUCCUUCUGAUCCUACUCUAACAGAGUAUGUUGCCACCAGAUGGUACAGGGCACCAGAGAUUCUACUAGGUUCAAAGAGGUAUACGAAGGGGGUGGAUAUUUGGAGUGUGGGCUGCAUCAUGGGGGAGGUGAUCAGCGGAAAACCCCUCUUUCCAGGUACUUCCACUCUGAAUCAAGUAGAAAGGAUCAUGGCUGCACUACCUCAUCCUAUGCAAUCAGACAUAGACAGUCUUUGUACAGGUUACGCAGCCUUUGUUUUAGGACGAGCUGCCAACAAACCAAAAAGACUUCUAAGAAAUAUACUUCUGGGUUGUACAAACGACGCUCAAGACUUGCUCUCAAAGCUUUUAACAUUAAAUCCAAAUCGGCGCCUAACAGCUAAAGAUGGGUUAGAGCACCCUUAUAUUUCAAGGUAUCAUUCUCAGACAACGCCAAGAGAACUCAGCAAUGCGAUACCUCCUUUGUGUGACGAUACAAAAUUGUCUGUUGAGCAAUACAGGGACAAGCUAUACGAGAUGAUUGGAGAAAAUGAGGAACGAAAACAAGACUCCGUCAUGCCUCCAAUACACAUGCCUUCAUUUUCAGAAAAAAAGAAUGAGAAGAGGGUUUUUGUUAAACAAAGAGUUAUUGAUGAAAUCCCAACGAUAGAUGAGCGCAAAGAAGCCCUUUUGAGGAGUCAAAUUGCAAAGAAGCAAACGAUGGCUCCGAUGGGAAGGAAAACUUUGACACCACCUUUUCUUUCUGAACGGGGCAAGUUCAGUCUAGGAUUUCGCCAUCCAGUAGUAUUGAGGGGACAAAGUCCUGAGGAUAUCGACGGAAAAGAAAUUAUAACAGAGAAACGUUCAUUUGAAAGGAAGUAUGGUAAAAAACAGUUUGGAAAUCCCGUGAAUCAUUCUUUGAACAGUUCUGCUAAAGCAGAAUUACAAAGUUAUCAUCAAGAUUUGACAUACGGGACUAUAACUGUGACUGGACUGCAAGCAUUGCGAGAAAAAAGAUGGUAAACUAUUGGAACUGUGUAAUAACUUACAACACAUUCUAUUAGAAUGAAAAAGUAAAUAAUAUAGUGCAUGCAAUUUGUAUAGUAAAUAGUUUGAAGAACAUCUAUUAUUGAGCUCUUUUGAGACAUGUAAUACGUUUUUAUUACAUAUAACUAUAAACUAUUUCUUAUUGUGCUCAACUGGAACUAUGUAGUAAAUAAUUUAUGGUACAUUGUAUAAGAAUGAUAAUAUAGAUUAUACAAUUUGUACAGCAAGUGAUUUAAAAGGCAUCCAUAGUCAAGUCAUUUUGAGGAAUGCAAUGUAAUGUUAUAUGCAAGGUGUUUUUACAACAAACGUUGAAUUCUUCGAAAUAAAGUAAUUCAGAUUAUAAAAACUGAAUAGUAUGGGUGAAAAUUAUACAUAAUUUUCUUUAUAAAUAAAAAAAGAGGAAGGAAAUUUAGGAAAUGUGAAAAUUUUAGCAAUUUUCUUUUUCUUUAAAUUUUUAUGAGGACAAUCAAGUAAAAAUUUUAAUUUAGUGAUUACUAAGGUUAUCAAUGACAAUUGAUAAGACUUUAAAUGCCUUAUUCGGAUAGUUUAUUUUGGAGGAUGUUAUGGCUUUAUAAGCACAAUAACACACAUAUGAAACUCUCACAAAAUAUAUAAACACACUAAAGGAGUUAAAAUUACAGUUGUAACAAUGAUAGUAACAAAAAGCUGUAAAAAAGGUAAAUGUGAAAAAAAAUACCUAAGCAUUAAGCAUUUUUGAGCCAAUCAAUUAUCAAUAUAUAAAAUAAUGAAUUCAUUUUUUAUUUAAAUCCUAUACUAUUUAGGAAAUGACAUUCUCCAAUUCUGCUUAGCUUCUAGCUAAAUAACUAAAUGGAUUUAGUUUUAAAAAAAGUUAUUUUUACAAUUUCACUUAUGAAAUAAAAACAGAACGAUUAAAAUUAUUCAUAAAAUCUUUUCAUUUAACUAGUAAAAAUUUAUAUUAAAUAAAAAAUAAUUGACUAAGAAUAUUUAAUGUACGAAAUUUUUAUUAAAAUUCAUUUGGAUAUUAAUAAAAGUGUGUCAGCCGUUAUCAUUAUGAUUUAGAUAUACAAGGAAAUAAAGCAUAUAUCCUUUAAUAAAUUAUUGAUCACUACUUGUUUAUGUAUUGUAUAAUUUCAUGGUUGUAACUAUAAUUGAAGCGGUCAAUGUUAAAUAGGGGUGGUAUGUUGCAAAUCUGCACUUUAGAGAAAAACCAAAAAAAACUGUGUCAAUUGUGGAAAGAUUAUUUUAAUUGCUUACAAAUUAUUGGAUUCCUUUUAGGCAGUCUAGAAAAUUACUCUGUAUUUGAUAAUCGACGAUUGAUAUUCCAAAACUUAAAAUCAGAGAAAUACUAAAGUUUGAUUUCUUAAAUACAGUACUAGAUGUGAGUAAGGAAAAAAGAAAAAGAGCAACUUAAAGCACAGCAUGAAAAAGCUGAAAACAAAAAUGGCAAUGGUCAAACACCACUGCAAGCAUUGUUACCAACAAAAAACUUAUUUUAAUAAAAAUGUUACAUAUCCCCUUUUAACAUUGACCGCUUCAUUUAUAUGAUGAAAUGCUCAAAUCUUUCAUAUGAUAAAAUAGUGCAUUUUCUUAAGAGUUGUAAUGAUGUGCGCAGGAAAUCAUUACAUUAUAAAUACAGCUUAAAAAUUAUUUCCUUAAACUAAAAGUUAAAUAACUUUUAUGAACAAAUGAUACUAGUCAGGUUUGAACAAAUUAGUUCGAAUCAUAAUUUUUUACAACUAUUUUUGUAAUGUAGGUCUCUUGAAGACCAGAGUCUUUCAAUAUUUUAUUUAUUAUGCAGGAAUUUGCAGAUAGGUGUUGUGUAGCUUUGGUAUUGAGUAAAAAUUGCAUUUACUAAUUGAUCUGGGAUCUCAUAUAAGUGCCUAAAUAACAUUCCUAAACAAAUCUAGUCAUCUUAGAGACACAAAAAAAAAUUACAACUUGUAAAAUUUUGUGUAAAGGAAUGCCAAUUAAAAAAUAAGAAUAUUUUAAAGCAUAUAAAUCUAAAUUCUAUCAAACAAUAAAUAAAUAAAAUAAAAACUACAAUUUCAAUUAUCUCAUAAUACAAACUCUUCUGUUUUUUAUGUUGAAGUUCAAUCCUUGAUAGUGUUUUUGCUCCACAAUUUUUAAUUUAUGUAAACUAUCAAGAUAAUCAACCUAUAAAAAUAAUUGAUCAAUAUGCAAUUGGCUACCACAACGAAUCAGUGCUUUUGGUUAUUAUUGAUUUUAUACGAGUAUAAACAGAAAAGUUAAUUAAAAAAAACUGUCAAAUAAGAAUAAAGUUGGCAUUUCUAUCUCUUUUUUUUCCCGAAAACUUUUGAAAGAAAAAACGAUCAAUUUGUAAAUAAUAUGGUUUAUAAUUUAAGCUACUUUCUUUUUUAAACUUUCAUUAAUCAGCAAGCUUUCAUCUUUUUGUA